CUUUAACCAGAACACCGGUUAGCAACAGCUAUAGCUAACCACGACACUUCGUGAUGCUUUCUUGUUUUUAAUCAACGAAGCCUGUUAAAGUAUGUAAAUACUUCAUAUGCUGCUUCGUCAUUAGAUAUCUCAGUCACAGAGGAAAUGGUCCGUGGACGGGCCGAGCACAAUGAGUGUGAGAUCUUCUCCUUGGAGGAAGUUUCUCUACAUCAGCAGGACAUUGAGAAGAUCGAGCACAUCGACAGAUGGUGCAGGGACCUGAAGAUCCUCUACCUGCAAAACAACCUCAUCCCCAAGAUAGAGAAUCUGGGCCGUUUGAAGAAGCUGGAGUAUUUAAAUCUGGCUCUGAACAACAUUGAAGUCAUUGAAAACCUUGAAGGCUGUGAGAGUCUCCAGAAGUUGGACCUGACUGUGAAUUUUGUGGGUUGUCUGAGCAGUGUAGAGUCUCUGCAGCACAACAUCCACCUCACCGAGCUUUUUCUGGUGGGGAACCCCUCCACUGAGUUUGAGGGCUACAGGCAGUUUGUGGUGGCAUCUCUGCCUCGACUCAAGUUCCUGGAUGGGAUUGAGAUCAGCCGAUCAGAGCGGAUCCAAGCCUCUCAGGGAUCAGAGGAGGUGAGGAGGAAAGUCAUGGAGCAGGAGAGGGAGUAUCUAAAGAGGAGAGCUAGGGAGAAAGAGGAGGCACAGAGGAAGGCAGCAGGAGAGGAGAGAGGAAACAAGGAGAGGAGACCAGGCAGUGAUGGACACUGGUACACCGACAUCAACAACACAGAUUCAGGGAAGGCGGAGAAUAAAGAAAACCAGGAAGCAGAGGAGAACAUAAAUCUGAUGAACUCUGACCUGAGUGAAGAACAGCGAGAGAGAGAGUUCUGGCACACACCGUGUUCAUUCACGCCUGAAUCUCGUGUGGAGGCUCACCGCCACCUGGAGGAGAAGAGGAAGGCGAAGGAGAAAGGGAAAGAGAAGAAGAAGCUGAAGGCCCCGAGGACGCUGAUCACAGCUGAUGGACGAGUCUUGAACACCAACGAGCCAAAGCUGGACUUCUCUCUGACUGAAGAUGAAGACAACAACACAAUAAUCUUAGACCUGGCAGUCUACAGACACAUGGACACCUCCCUGAUAGAUGUGGAUGUUCAGCCAACAUACGCCAGAAUCAGCGUCAAAGGAAAGAUAUUUCAGAUAGUUCUGCCUGCUGAAGUGAAGCCCGACAGCUCGACAGCUCAGAGGUCCCAAACCACCGGACACCUGGUCCUCACCAUGCCGCGGGUUGAAGGUGAAAUCAAAGUGACAAAGGCCGCCACACGUCCACUACAAAGGUGUCAAACCGGGAACAGAAGCUCAUCUGAGGAUAAUAAAAGAAACAGCUCUGUCCCUCAGAGGCUGGAGGUGGACCCGAGUAAGCACAAAGCCGUCGACUUCGCCAACAUUGUCACCAAACAGGCAAGCGCUAAACAAGGCCCACUGGAAAUGACCAGGACAGUUCCACCUCCCACCUCAGGUCCCAGGUCCUCUGAGGAGUUUGUAGAUGACCCUGAUGUCCCCCCACUCAUAUGAGACAUAUGAGACAUGCAACCAGAUGACCCCUUUAUUGUUAAAUGCAAGCAGCCGUUGUGCUCUGCAAAGCCUGCUGGGAUACAUAGUGACUGAGGCUAGUCUGGUGAUGCCACUUUUAACCAUUUUUUUCACCCUCAUUAGGUCUUAGUAGUACCAUUAUAUUAAAAGGGUUGCAUUAAAAAGACUUUUUUAUUAAAUUCAAGUGACCAGAGCAGAGUUGGCAGAGCUAGUCGAAGCUUCACAACUACCAACAUUACUGUAGGCUAAGAGCUCCACUAGUAUACUGUUAGGUAGCAGGAUAACAAACUCUACGUCAUGAAAACUGGUGCUGCUUGACAGAGAAACCUAAAAUCUGGUCAUGUCUUAAAGACUGGUGCAACAUCCAUUCUUGGAUUUAUGGAAUACAGGAUGUCUCUAACAUGUAGGAGUGCUGCUGAAAACCAAUUUAUUCAUGUUUAAGAUGAGCAGAAAGUUCCCAGAUUGAUUUCAGUGAGCUUCCUUAUGUUUCCUUCAAAAAG